AUGGGGAGCGUUCACAAAAAUUCAACAGAGAGUUCUGUUGAAUUUGAUGAUUUAAGUUUUGAGUAUAGUGGUUCUAGUGAAGAAAAUGAUAUAAAUAUAUCUCAAAAGAAGGGUACAAUUGAUGAAGCUAUGAAAAUGGUCGAUCGUGGAGAUGGAUUUGGUGAAGUUGAGAAGAAGUUAACUGAGUUGACCAGGGAUGACAUUUGGGGUAUUGAGCAUGAUAGUGUAGAGGAGUGUGUUCAAUUCUACAAAAAUUAUGCCAAAGUACAUGGUUUUGUUGCAAGGUGUGAUGAAAAGGGUUAUGAUUUCAACGGCAACCUUAACAUGAGACAAAUGGUUUGUAAUAGAGAGGGUACACGGAGAAAGAAGUAUCUGGAGAUGGAGAAUAGGAAAAGAGACCACAGGCCGAUAACACGUGUAAUGUGUCAAGCGAGAAUUAGAUUUCACUAUGAUAUGAAAUUGAGGAAGUGGAAAGUCACUGCAUUUGAAGAGACUCACAAUCAUGACCUCAUCCCACCUAAAUAUAUACAAUUUGUCCCCGCAUAUCGCGUAAUGACCGAGGCCGACAAAGCGCAAGCCAACAGUCUGCAUGAUUAUGGUGUGAGAACUUGCCAUAUAAUGGGGUUCAUGUUAAAGCAAAAGGGAGGACCUGGAAAAAUUGGUUUUACAAAGAAGGAUUUGUAUAAUCAUUUCGACAAAUCAAAGCGUGCUAAAGUGAAAGAUGGUGAUGCAUAUGCAGCAUUGAGUUACUUGAUUUCUAAGGCUGAUGAGGAUCCAUUGUUGCAAGGAAAAUUUACUCUGAAAGAUAAUAAACUUGAAAAUUUAGUAUGGGUUGACGGAGCUAGCAUAAUCGAUUAUCAAUGUUUGGAGUGCUUGGAUGUCGGGUUUUGGCCAUCAAUGGUUGUAUCCGAGUUCAAAGAAAGAGCACUUUUUAAGUUGGACAGAAGAAUCGAUGAGGAAGGAGGAUCGCAAGCAUAG